AUGCCCACUGGAUCGAUCUACUCCCACCUCAUCGUACCCGAGACAAUUGCUGUUUUGAGCCAGCCGAAGGGUGCCAGAACAGGAACUAUGGGCGGGAUCAUGGCGCUCAGAAUCAGCAAGCUUGGUGCGAAAGGAGCGCUAGUAGACGGCCGGAUGAGAGACGUUAGAUACCUCAAGGAAAGCUUGGAUAUGCCGGUGUGGUGUAAAUUGACAAGCAUUGUGGCUACUAGCGGGGAAUGCAAGGCACAUGCCGUCAAUGUGCCAAUUUAUGUGGGGCCUACAAAGGUUGAGCCGAAUGACAUCAUACUAUUGGAUCCAGCAGAGAAUGAGGCUAUCUGCAUACCGAAGGAUAAAUUUGACCAGGUUCUUGAAAUGUUGCCAGGCAUUGCUGCGGCCGAUGAAAGAAAAAUGGGCCAUGUUCUGAAUGGAAUGUCGGUGGAGGAAGCUGCAAGAAUCAGCUAG